CCACUGGGCCUUGGAUUACAGCCAGCCAGGUGGGACACCACGAGCCCUCGCCAAAUAGCAGUUACUCAAGCAACUGCAUAUGAUUUUGGAUACGUUUCAGGUGAAAAAGAACGCAGCUGUUCGAUGGUCACUGCUGUUUCUGGACGGACAGUCGUUGGGACAACACCUGUAACAACACCUGUCACGUGACGUAAACAAUCGGAUUUCACCUGGAAGAGAAAUGUACCUGACGUAAUAGCAUCAGAGACCUUGAGGGACGUGUGGCACCAUCAUCGUCAGACAAAAGAACACAACGCACAAGUGCCAAACGUGUCCGACACGAUGCAGGCGAGACUAACAGCAGCAUCAACACAGUUAAACGACGGAGGGGAGGAGGCGAGAGAAUUCCCCGAAAAAGACGACUCAAAGUUGAAGUCUCUGGGUAACGCCCUCCGGACGGGGUGGUCGCGCCAGUCCAGCCGCACGAGGCGGUCCAAGCCCCCGGCGGGAGUGACGGGCCUCCUGCCGCAGAUCGUCACCCACGGGCUGACGGACCCCGGCCGGGCUGACCGCAGGGUCCGCAUCAACAUCAGCGGGAUGAAGUUCGACACCAGGGAGAGGGUGCUUCUCAGGUAUCCCCAAACCCUCCUCGGCGACGUUGUCCGGCGGCAGCGGUUCUACGUCCCGGAGGAAGAGGAAUACUUCUUCGACCGACACCGACCGAGCUUCGAGGGGAUCUUCCGCUACUACCAAACGGGCAAGAUCGAACGGCCGCGCAACGUUCCACAGGACGUUUUCGCGGCAGAACUGGCAUAUUUCGACAUGGGGAAACUUGUCAUCAACAAAUUUCUUAAAGACGAAGGGUACGAUGUAUCGGAGAACGUCUUACCCGAAAAAGAACCCCAGAGAACGGUAUGGAUUCUUUUCGAAAGCCAUGAUGGUAUUUUGGCCAAAUUCGUCGGCCUAGUUACGGUUUUGUUUAUCCUACUGUCGGUGGGGACGUCUUGUGCAGAGACACUACCCCGCUUCCGUAACCUCACAGACCAGACGUUCGCUCAUGUAGGUGACGUCAAAGUGAACCUUAACAUCGCCUUCAGUAACAUCUUCUUUCAGAUUGAAACAGCGUGUAUCGUCUGGUUCUGCAUUGAACUCGCCAUGCGUUUUUAUGCAAGCCCAAGAAAAAGACGGUUUGUUAAGGACAUCAUGAAUAUUCUGGAUUUCGUGGUGAUCUUGCCUUACUUCAUCGAUCUCAUCUUGAUUGUGGCGAACGUUGACCCCACGGGGUCUAACAUCAUCCCUGCUACGAUAGUACGCGUGCUGCGAUUGGUCCGUGUCUUCAGAAUCUUCAAGCUAUCAAGACAUAUGAGAGCGCUUCAGAUGCUGGCCGCCACCCUGAGAGCCAGCGCUCCUCAGCUCAUCAUGUUGAUCUUCUUCAUGGCCAUCCUGGUUGUUCUGUACUCCAGUAUCAUCUACUUCAUGGAGAUGGACCAUCCUGACCACUUCUUCCCAAGUAUACCAGCGGCGUUCUGGUGGGCGAUCAUCACCCUCACCACGGUAGGCUAUGGCGACAUCUACCCAAAAACACCCUGGGGCAAGGCCUUCGCCUGUAUCUGCGUCAUCAGCGGUAUCCUGGUCAUCGCCAUGCCAAUGCCUAUCAUCACAAAGAACUUUGAAAAAUUCUACAAAAAGAACGGGAACAACCCGUUUAAAGCCCUGCCACUGAACAACGGGCACGAGGAAAGAGAUGACAACAAUUCAGAACACAGAAAGCGAACAUAUGCCGUACGGCUGACUGACAUCGAGACAGAGGAACAUGAAAGCUUUUUGAAAGAUGAGGAUGAGAGUAGUUCUGGAUUUCUAUCAUCCGUAUAGAGUUUCAGUAACUGUCAAAGUCGUUUUCAACUCCUCUGAGCAUAGAUGGGUAUAACAUAUA